GUGUGUUAUUGCAUGUUAACUGUCUGCAGUGGAUGUGCUAAUCCUGAGCCUCUCUGGGCGGGUCCUCUUGGUUCCUGUUUCUAGUUCCUUUUUCUCUCCAGAGUCCAUGUCUCAGUUCUUUCUCUCGACGUGGAUCUCCACAUGAAGGUCUCUGAACUCGUCUGUCUGGAACGUUCUACUCGUCAACUCCAGCUGUUCUUUAGUUUCAGAGAGAGGUUCACAUCACUUCUAAAGGAGGGACAAAAGAUGGAGACGCCUCAGGAAGUCGUCUUAAGAAUCUUACAAGCCUUGGGAGCUGAGGACUUUGAAACGUUUAAUUGGCACCUGCAGCAGGAAGGAGCCCUCAACGACUUCCCAGCAAUCCCAAGGAGUAAACUGGAGAAAGAAACCCGGCUUAACACCGUGGAUAUGAUGCUCCAGACCUACAGUAAACAGAUUAUUGAUGUGACCAGAAUAGUUUUAGUGAAGAUGAAUCGAUAUGAUCUGGUGAAGAAGUUACCGUGUCAUGGAGAAGUCAACACCCCAGAAGGUGAAGAGAUUCGUGCUGCGUGUCAGAAAGAACUCAAAUCUAAGCUAGACAGGAAGUUCCAGCGUGUGUUUGAGGGGAUCGCUAAAGAAGGAGAACAAACCGUUCUGGAUCAGAUGUUCACAGAGAUCUACCUCAUGAAGGGAGGGGCUGCAGAGGUCAAUGAUCAACAUGAGGUCAGACAGAUUGAAACAGCAUCCUGGAAACCAGACAGACCAGAAACAAUAAUCAGACAAGAAGACAUCUUUAAAACCCCACCUGGAAGAGAUGAACCAAUCAGAGCAGUGAUGACAAAGGGAGUGGCUGGCAUCGGGAAAACAGUCUUAACACAGAAGUUCACUCUGGACUGGGCUGAAGGCAAAGCCAACCAGGACAUCCAGUUCUUAUUCCCCUUCACCUUCAGAGAGCUGAAUGUGCUGAAAGAGAGAAAGUUCAGCUUGGUGGAACUUGUUGAUUACUUCUUUAGUGAAACCAAAGAAGCAGGAAUCAGCAGGUUUGAAGAGGUCCCGGUGGUCUUCAUCUUUGACGGUCUGGAUGAGUGUCGACCUCCUCUGGACUCCAACACUGAGAUCCUGACUGAUGUUACAGAGUCCACCUCAGUGGGUGUGAUGCUGACAAACCUCAUCAGGGGGAAUCUGCUUCCCUCUGCUCGCCUCUGGAUAACCACACGACCUGCAGCAGCCAAUCAGAUCCCUCCUGGGUGUGUUGACAUGGUGACAGAGGUCAGAGGGUUCACUGACGCCCAGAAGGAGGAGUACUUCAGGAAGAGAUUCAGAGAUGAGGAGCAGGCCAGCAGAAUCAUCUCCCACAUCAAGACAUCACGAAGCCUCCACAUCAUGUGUCACAUCCCAGUCUUCUGCUGGAUCACUGCUACAGUUCUGGAGAAGGUGUUGAAGACCAGAGAGGGAGGAGAACUGCCCAAGACCCUGACUGAGAUGUACAUCCACUUCCUGGUGGUUCAGUCCAAACAGAAGAAUGUCAAGUAUGAUGGAAGAACUGAGACAGAUCAAACCUGGAGUCCAGAGAACAUGGUGAUGAUCAAGUCUCUGGGAAAACUGGCUUUUGAGCAGCUGCAAAAAGGCAACCUGAUCUUCUAUGAAUCAGACCUGACAGAGUGUGGCAUCGAUAUCAACGCAGCCUCAGUGGUCUCAGGAGUGUUCACACAGAUCUUUAAAGAGGAGAGUGGACUGUACCAGGACAAGGUGUUCUGCUUCGUCCAUCUGAGUGUUCAGGAGUUCCUUGCUGCUCUUCAUGUCCAUCUGACCUUCACCGACUCUGGAGUCAACCUUCUGGAUGAAGAACAAACAACAUCCAAGCUGUCUAAAUUCUUCAGAGUCAGACUAAAACAAACAUCAUCAGCACGUUUCUACCAGAGAGCUGUGGACAAGGCCUUACAGAGUCUAAAUGGACACCUGGACUUGUUCCUCCGCUUCCUCCUGGGUCUUUCACUGCAGACCAAUCAGAGUCUCCUACGAGGUCUGAUGACACAGACAGGAAGUAGCUCAGAGACCAAUCAGGAAACAGUGAAGUACAUCAAGGAGAAGAUGGAUGAGGAUCUGUCUGCAGAGAGAAGCAUCAAUCUGUUCCACUGUCUGAAUGAACUGAAUGAUCGUUCUCUAGUGGAGCAGAUCCAACAGUCCCUGAGUUCAGGAAGUCUCUCCACAGAUAAACUGUCUCCUGCUCAGUGGUCAGCUCUGGUCUUCAUCUUACUGUCAUCAGAAGAAGAUCUGGACGUGUUUGACCUGAAGAAAUACUCUGCUUCAGAGGAGGCUCUUCUGAGGCUGCUGCCAGUGGUCAAAGCCUCCAAAAAAGCUCUGUACGUCGGAUUUAUUCAUCAAUAAAUACUCAACUAUCUU